CUGCGUCGCAGAUGAUUGGCUGAACGUGUCAACCGCAGUGCGCAACCGCAGAAGGAGGAGGAGGAGGGAGCUUGUCGCGUAGCGGCAACUAACGCGCGGGGGUUGGAGCCGAGCUGACUCAGAAGGAGGACGAUGGAUGAGCUCCAAUCUGCCGAGGAGACUGCAUUUGUUGUGGACGAAGUAAGCAACAUUAUAAAAGAGGCCGUAGAAGGAACAAUAGGUGGCAAUGCAUAUCUGCACAGCAAAGUGAACCAAUGGACUACAACUGUUGUGGAGCAGAUUUUAAGUCAGUUGACAAAGCUGGGGAAACCAUUCAAAUAUGUUGUGACCUGUGUGAUUAUGCAAAAAAAUGGUGCUGGACUUCACACUGCAAACUCUUGCUUCUGGGACAAUGCCGCUGAUGGAGCCUGCACUGUAAGAUGGGAGAACAAGACUAUGUACUGUAUUGUCAGUGCCUUCGGACUUGCAAUAUAAUUUGCCUUGAAAUUCUUCAGACCUUGUUGUUGCUUUAAGUCCAGUAAAACUGUGAAUUCGGUGAAUAACUAAGAAUUCCCCAUUCUUUCUGAGGAAAAACAGAGAAAUUUCAGUACUGUUAUAUAAGCAUGAUUCCUUCUUCACAUCCAAACUCUGUCUUAACACUUUAAGGACUUUCUCAAGGUGCUAAUACCUGAAAUUUGCUGCAGUUCUAUAGCUUUACUCCGCCUGUGUGGGUAAGAAUGAUUUUCACUCUAGAUUUGUUUGUUAUUAAAUUAUUGAAGCUCUGAAUAUGCGUAUGUUCGUUCCUAAAACUUAAAAAAAAUAGAAAUGCGGAAAAUAUCAUGAGCACAGCAGUGGCUGACCUUUGCUGGUUUUGGAAGUAAGCAAAUUGGGGCCAGAUUAGUAUUUGGGGUCCCCCAUGGAAGUCCCAUUUUUUUAAAAAAAAAAAUGCUACCGAUGUGUACAUAUGAUCACCAGGAACUGAGUUUGAUUUGGUAAUUUUAUCCUAACUUUUAAUAGUCCAGUAUUUAACAUGCUGAAGUUCUGAAAGAGUAUCAUUAUUCCUUAAUCUCAUUAGCUUCCUGGGUAUUUUGUUUUGGCUGGCAUUCCCCUGUAAAGCAUGAAAAAAAUGAAAGAAAGACUAAUUGACAUUGAUACAGAAGUUCAGUAUAAAAUUUUAUUAUGAAUAAAUUGAAUUUCAUGAUCUUUA